GACUCGGGUACAGGAUCCUUUGGGUUGGAAUUUUCAUGUAUGGGAAGACGGGUCACCUUUAACAUUUACUGAUUGGAAUCGAUACCGCGCUUAUGCGGAUGCAAAUUGCACAAGGAUGAGUUUUCAUGCUGCACACAAGAACAACACCUGGGAAGCUGUGGAUUGCAAUAAUAUAUUUGCUAACUUUUUUAUAUGCGAAGAGCCUUUAACAGACGACCUAUUAACUUUGUCGGAUUCAUUUAAGCCGCAUCUGUACAAUGGAACUUUGAAUUAUACAGAGCAUGGAAUAGCGUGCCAGCGCUGGGACAGUAAUUUUCCACAUACACAUAAAUAUACACAUGAAUAUAAUAGGUAUGGUAAUUAUUUUCCCAAUGGAGAAUCAAUGCUUCAGGAAAACUACUGCCGUGACCCAGACGUUAACGGGUAUAUAUGGUGUUACACAGUGGAUCCUUCAAAACGCUGGCAGAAAUGUCCUCAACCAACUAAAGUGAUCGAUAAUUUAAUUUCGCAUGAAUAUACUGGACGAUUGAGCACCACCUCUUCUGGUAGAACGUGUCAGCGUUGGGAUAGUCAAGUCCCACACCCGCAUAAAUUCGGAGAUUCAAAUUCGUCUUUCCCGGAUGGAACCGUGAAGGACGCAGAGAAUUAUUGUAGGGAUCCUGAGUUGAGUGGCACACUUUUCUGCUACACGACAGAUCAAGACAAAGCAGUGGAGACUUGUGACUAUAAAGACACCAAAACAGAUCGUUGCUUUGUGACAUUGUUGCCAUAUACAGGGCAAUGGAACCAAACACGUUCUGGCAAACCGUGUAACCACUGGAAUAUAGUUUUCCAAAGAAAUCCUGGGCAAAAUCCACUUUUUCCGGAUGGGUCACUUGACAAAGCUGUUAAUUACUGCAGGGACCCGUAUAAUGAAGGAUACCUUUGGUGUUUUACAUCAGAAUCAACUGCCAAAUCUGAACCAUGCUUCUUUGAUCGUAAGUUGACCAUCGCACACUAAUGUCUUCCAUUAAAAUGACCAAUAGUACGCUUGCCUCGUUUUCUCUUAUAUGUUAAGAUCGGAUCAAGAUAAGGAUCAAAAUUAAAAACUCUCCACUGUUUAUCCUCAUAAAUUUCAUAUUCAAAUAUAACUUAAUAAAAGUGUACUUGAAGGUAGGAACCCCCCUAUGGGCAUUAAACAGAACUGACAAAAUGGCAACCUAGGACACUUAUAUGGACAUCUGUAUGCAAGAUUUAAACAGAAUUUACGGUACGUUUUACGAGUUAAGGGCACUUUUCUAAUAUAGCUUGGUUGUUAGAAUGGCAUUUUUUCAGAAAUGAGGAAACUUUCUUCUUAUGAAAAUAGUUUCAUGCUAAUGAUUGUUCAGAAAGAAAUGAUAAAAAUUAUACCCUAGUGCACCUAAUUUUUAACACUUGUUUGACAAUUUUCCUACCUAGAGAGAGAACCUAA